AACUGAUUUUUUCCAACCACGUUGCGUUCAUGGGAAGUAAUGAAGUAGUGUAGAAUACCUUUAUACUUUCGAAACUUAGUUUAUCGUGAAUUAAGUAAAAAAUAAAAUAAAAAUGUUAGUUUUAUUUGAAUCGCCAGCAGGAUAUGCUAUCUUCAAAUUACUGGAUGAAAAGAAAUUACAAGAGACUGAAAAUUUGUACAAAGAUUUUGAAAGCUCAGAGACUGCUAGCAAAGUUGUGAAACUUAAACAUUUUCAAAAGUUUCAAGACAUGACAGAGGCAUUAUCAGCUGCAACAGCAGCAGUAGAAGGAAAGAUGAGUAAAGGACUGAAAAAACUUCUCAAGAAAUUAGUUGCCAAAGAAGCUCAAGAAAGUCUUGCAGUUGCUGAUGCAAAAUUAGGAAAUGUAAUAAAGGAAAAACUGAAUGUCAGCUGUGUUUAUAACAGUGCUAUACAGGAGCUCAUACGAUGUAUUCGGAUGCAGAUAGACAAUCUUAUUGUUGGACUUCCUCAGAAAGAGAUAACAGCUAUGGCACUUGGUUUAGCUCACAGCCUUUCCAGGUACAAGCUAAAGUUCAGUCCUGACAAGAUUGACACAAUGAUAAUUCAAGCUGUGUCCUUGUUAGAUGACUUAGACAAAGAGCUCAACAACUACAUCAUGAGAAGUAAAGAGUGGUAUGGAUGGCACUUUCCUGAGCUUUCAAAAAUUAUCACAGACAAUAAUCAGUAUGUGCAUACUGUGUUAGCUAUUGGAUUGAGGACUAAUGCUGCUGAGUGCGAUAUGUCUGAUUUUCUUCCUGAGGAGUUGGAACAUAAAGUAAAGGAGAUUGCUGAGGUUUCCAUGGGUACAGAAGUGUCAGAGGAAGACAUCAUGAACAUCAAGCAUCUCUGUAAUGAAGUGCUGGAAAUGCAGAACUACAGAGCACAGCUUUAUGAGUAUCUAAAGAACAGAAUGAUGGCUAUUGCUCCAAAUCUGACUGUGUUGGUUGGCGAGUUGGUUGGAGCCAGACUUAUAGCCCAUGCGGGUUCACUAUUAAACUUGGCCAAACACCCUGCAUCUACUGUACAGAUUCUUGGAGCAGAAAAAGCCUUUUUCCGAGCAAUUAAAACUAAACAUGACACACCUAAGUAUGGGUUGAUCUAUCAUGCUCAGCUCAUUGGUCAGUGUAACCCAAAACUGAAAGGAAAGAUGUCAAGAAUGUUAGCAGCAAAGUCAUCUUUAGCCACUCGUGUUGAUGCUUUGGGUGAGGAGGCAAGCCAAGAGCUUGGAAUAGAACAUAGAGCAAAGUUAGAAACUCGCCUAAAACAGCUUGAAGAAGGAAGUCUUAGGAAAAUAAGUGGCACAGGAAAAGCCAGAGCUAAGUGGGAAAAGUAUGAAAGUAAAAGUGAGAUUUACCAGUACAAACCAGGCUUGGACUCCACAAUCCCAACUAUUGGUCAGAAACGAAAGAUUGGGGAAAUUGAAGAAGAUUCUCCCUUUCAGCCUAAAAAAAUUAAAGUUGAAUUAAAAGAAGAGACUGGGGAACCUGAAGUUCAAGAGGCAGAUACUUCAGAGAAAAAGAAGAAGAAGAAGAAAAAGAAGGAGAAAUCAGAAGUAGGUCCAGACGUAAGUCAAGAAACAGAAGAAGUUGAUCAACCAGAGAAGAAGAAAAAGAAGGUUAAACAGGAAGUAGAGGAACAUGAGGUUGUUAAACAAGAAGAGGUUGGGGAAUGUAGUACUGUUGUGGAAAAGAAGAAGAAGAAAAAGAAGAAAAAAGAGAGUGAAUAACUUGAAUCUUCAUGCAGUGAUGAAAAUGCUUUUUGUUUAUUAUUCAGAUUUUGUACAGUUGUAAGAUUCCACAGCAUUUCA